ACUUCUCACUCGGACCAUUCUGCUCCCACCAAAUCUGCUUCCGCUGUAUCAUCUGACUCCGUCUCCACCUCGGCAGACAACUUCUCUCCAGAUUUGAGGGUCCUGAGGGAGACAAAUAAAUUGGCUGAAAUGGAAGAGCCACCUUUGCUACCAGGAGAAACCAUUAAAGACAUGGCUAAGGAUGUUACUUACAUCUGCCCUUUCACUGGAGCAAUCAGAGGAACCCUUACUGUUACCAAUUAUAGACUGUAUUUUAAAAGCAUGGAACGGGACCCUCCUUUUGUCCUAGAUGCAUCUUUAGGUGUAAUCAACAGAGUGGAGAAAAUUGGAGGCGCUUCCAGUCGCGGUGAGAAUUCGUAUGGGCUGGAGAUUGUAUGCAAGGAUAUUCGAAACUUGCGAUUUGCUCAUAAGCCUGAAGGGAGAACUAGACGAUCCAUAUUUGAGAACCUAAUGAAAUAUGCUUUCCCAGUUUCAAAUAAUCUGCCACUUUUUGCAUUUGAGUACAAAGAGAUUUUCCCAGAAAAUGGAUGGAAGGUGUAUGACCCCACUUGGGAGUACAGAAGACAGGGAAUUCCCAAUGAAAGCUGGAGGUUGACCAAGAUUAAUGAGCGCUACGAGCUGUGUGAUACAUACCCUGCUAUUCUAGCUGUGCCCGUAAGCAUUCCUGAUGAAGAAUUAAAGAGAGUAGCAUCUUUCAGAUCAAGAGGACGCAUACCAGUAUUGUCAUGGAUUCACCCAGAAAGUCAAGCAACGAUUACUCGCUGUAGUCAGCCAAUGGUGGGAGUCAGUGGCAAACGAAGCAAGGAAGAUGAGAAGUACCUUCAAGCCAUCAUGGAUUCUAAUGCUCAGUCCCAUAAAAUCUUCAUAUUUGAUGCAAGGCCUAGUGUGAAUGCUGUAGCCAAUAAGGCUAAAGGAGGGGGCUAUGAGAGUGAGGAUGCCUAUCAGAAUGCAGAAUUAGUGUUCCUGGACAUUCACAAUAUUCAUGUUAUGAGAGAAUCACUGCGAAAACUGAAAGAAAUUGUGUAUCCCAAUAUCGAGGAGACUCACUGGCUGUCGAAUUUAGAGUCAACUCACUGGCUAGAGCAUAUCAAGCUCAUUCUCGCUGGAGCCCUUCGGAUUGCUGACAAAGUGGAGUCGGGGAAGACGUCUGUGGUUGUACACUGCAGUGAUGGCUGGGACCGGACAGCCCAGCUCACCUCUCUCUCCCUGCUCAUGUUAGAUGGCUACUACCGCACUAUCAGGGGCUUUGAAGUGCUAGUGGAGAAGGAGUGGCUGAGCUUUGGCCACAGAUUUCAGCUGAGGGUUGGCCAUGGAGAUAAGAAUCAUGCAGAUGCAGAUCGCUCUCCUGUCUUCCUCCAGUUCAUCGACUGCGUCUGGCAAAUGACAAGACAGUUUCCUACAGCAUUUGAGUUCAACGAGUACUUCCUGAUAACCAUCCUGGAUCACCUCUACAGCUGUUUGUUUGGGACCUUCCUGUGCAGCAGCGAGCAGCAGAGAGUGAAGGAGAGCCUUCCAAAAAAGACCGUGUCGCUUUGGUCUUACAUCAACAGCCAGCUGGAAGACUUCACUAACCCCUUGUACGUGAGCUACUCCCACCACGUGCUGUACCCCGUGGCCAGCAUGCGGCACCUCGAGCUGUGGGUCGGCUACUACAUCCGCUGGAACCCCAGGAUGAAACCUCAGGAACCUGUCCACAAUCGCUACAAGGAGCUUCUUGCCAAGCGGGCUGAGCUGCAGAAGAAAGUGGAGGAGCUGCAGAGAGAAAUCACCAGCCGUUCCACCUCGUCCUCAGAAAGAGCCGGCUCUCCCGCGCAGUGCGUCGCUCCUGUACAGACAGUUGUGUAACACGGACUUUUUUUGCCAAGUACCUUCCCAGGACCGCAGAGGCAGCUGUUCCGAAACCCUCUGGAUUUCCAGCGCGGUGUCUGGGAGAUGCCAACCUAUUUAUUUAUUUCUCUCCAGGGUAAUUUAUUAGUACUGUAGCACUAGAGGAAGCUUACGCAAAAACAAACAAACAAGGCCCCCUAUGCAAUUAACCUUCUCAGUGGCUAGAUCAUAACACAAGCUAAUUGCACUUGCCACCUAAAAGAAACCUAGCGCUCGCUCUUUGUUCACUCACGUGCUGGAAGUCACUUGGCUUUAAAGGGAGACUGUGCACUGGAAUGAAGUACUGUGGAGGAGAAACAUCUAUUCAGAAGUCUGAAAAAUCUC